AUGGAUCAGCAUUUGCAAGAGUUGGAUGAAGAAUGCGCCCAGUACAACAGCUUGAUGCGUUCGCUGAAAGAACGACCGGAUACUUCGUUUUUGGAUAAAACUGCGUUGCGAGCAAAACUUUCCUCAAUGAAGAAUGAGGAAGCAUCGCUGCUGGCCGAAUCCAAGAAACUCGAAGCUGAGGAGGCAAAACUGGACAAAGAGCUGAACAAAAGAAAACGCGAAUUACUGUUGCUCAAGAAGGAAGUGGAAAAGCGAGACGCGGAAGCAAGCCUGCGUUGUUUAAAAGUACGACUCGAUAAGCUGUCCAAAAUCAAUGUUUUAAACACGGCAUUCCAUAUCUGGCAGCAGGGCUGCUUCGGUACCAUAAAUGGCUUUCGUCUUGGCCAACUACCACAUUCGCAGACUUUGGGCGAUUGUCUGGAUGAUUUUCAUUUUUCCGUCUACCGUAUUGUACCGAUGGGCAGUUACUCAUUUGUGCAAUGCAUUGACAGCGAUGUGGACUUACCGUUGUUUGGCAGCGGUGGCUUCAAACCGUUUGGUCAGAAAAAGCUCGAUGAAGGCAUAUGUGCAUUCAUGGAUUGCUUCUGCCAGUUACAGAAACGUAUCGAACGCGGCGAGUUUCGUUUCCCUCAUCGCAUGUACAGAGACAGGAUUGAAGAUAACAAGAUGGAGUAUUCGGUAAAGAUGCAGUUCAACUCGGAGGAACGGUGGACCAAAGCAAUGAAAUGCCUGUUGAUCAAUUUUCGCUGGGCAAUUUCGUUCGUCGUUGUGCACUCGAAAGUCCUGGCAUCCGAAGAAAAUGCAGCAUAG